AUAAAAGCUCGGAUGCAUCCCGCCCGGCGCGAUCAUUUCCGCCGGUGGAGUUCUAGGGAGAAUUUAUUCAAGUUCAUCAGUGGGUGUUCUGUUAAAAGCAGUCAUGAGGAUUAUUAUAGAGGAGCAUCCUUCCCUUCUCGAUGUGUCCGAACUGCUGCGGCCGGAGAAAAAAUUCGCCGACAAGGACCUGUCUAAAUUUCGUGAUUACACCGUGAACGAUGGCGAUCCGCUGAGGGAGCGCGUCCGGAGAACGUAUCGGUUAAUGCACACAAAUCAAACGGUCGAUUUUGUUGAAGGACGCCACGAGGAUUGGCUAAAGUUCGACCACUUCAAGGCCACUAUUCGGGUGGCACUGGAAAAGCUGAAUGAUCUUGUUGAUGAAUCGGAUCCGGACUUGGACCUCCCGAACAUCAUUCAUGCGUUCCAGACGGCGGAGCGCGCCCGACUAGAUUACCCCGAGUUUGAUUGGCUCCACCUGACCGGAUUGAUUCACGAUUUGGGCAAAGUGAUGGCGUUCUUUGGUGAGCCUCAGUGGGCUGUUGUCGGGGACACCUUUCCCGUGGGCUGCGACUGGGGUGACAGCAUUGUGUAUCGGGAUGAAAGCUUUGUGGACAAUCCAGACGGGUGGAAUCCGAAGUACAAUACAAAAUUUGGAAAGUAUGAACCAAACUGUGGACUGGAUAAGCUGACAAUGUCCUGGGGACACGAUGAAUAUCUGUACCGAGUUUUGGUGCACAACAAGAGUACGCUCCCGGAACAAGCGCUUCAAAUGAUUCGCUAUCAUUCUUUCUAUCCGUGGCAUUCAGGAGGAGACUAUAGCCAUCUCACCACAGAGAAGGAUGAACAGACGAAGCAGUGGGUUCUUCUCUUCAAUCGUUACGAUUUAUAUACCAAAUGCACGACCAUCCCCGACCUGGACGCUCUGUGGCCAUAUUACCAGGGCUUGAUUGACAAAUAUAUUCCGGGGGAAUUGGAGUGGUGAAAUGUUGUAACAAAAGCUAGUAUUUGAUUGUACUGUGUUUUUUAAAGUUUAUCAUUUAGUAUCCUGUUAGAAAAAGUCUUGAGGAUUAUAAUAGAGAGGAUGGAGUUUCAGUGUUAUACAGUUGGGGAAAUCAUGUGUAUUAUUGACGAAAAUCGGUUAGUUUAUAAUUGCCAACCAUUAUCAAUUAUGGAGCGGUUCAGAGAUAUUCGUUAAUCUAAAUCCCCUAGUGCGUGUAUUGUCGAAUAUGUUACUGCGAAUUGUUUGAUAAAAAAAAUUAGGCUAAUAUCUUGCAAUCUAUGUAAAUAUAAAUAAACAAAAUUAUCAUACAAAAAUUGCCGUUGCCUAAUAAAAUUGUGUUUGAAUUGCUACCGCAGAAGUAUUCCAGUUGUUGGAUUUGAUUUCAACUCACAACGAUUAGGAUAAUUAAUUUUUACAAUUUAGAUAAUUCAUUUUUACAUGCUGAAACAAAUUCCAGUCAAAACGGUCCGCUAGAUGCUGAGGUAAACGUGCCACCAACUGAAAAAACAUGGCUCCGAGCAAAACGCGUUUAAAGAUUCGUACAUCAAUGCCGAUGAGGUACAGAGUUGUUAGCGCAGCAAAGGUUUAUUUGAUAAAGAGAACGAUACAAUGAUGAUGAUGUUGAAUUAGAGAGACUUUAAACUCUGGGAGUUCAUUAGUCUCUGCAACGAUACAAGGUUAGGUUAGGUUUUUAGAUUAAAGAGACUUUAAACUUUUCA